GAGAGAGAGAGAGAGAGAGAAGAGAGAGAGAGAGAGAGAGAGAGAGAGAGAGAGAGAGAGAGAGAGAGAAACAAGAAAAACGCCGAAGAAACGCAGGAAGACGGGCCAGAAGCUGGACCACCUGAUGCAGGGGGCGAACCACCACCCACAGCAGGAGCAACAGGAGGGGCUCGCUGGCGGGGGGAGCGGGGGUGGAGGCGGAGGAGGAGGAGGAGGGGGAGGAGGCGGAGGCGGUGGUGGCGGAGGCCCUGACGGAGGCAACAGGACGAGGAUGUACUCCAGCGGGCCCUGCUGGUCGUGCUACCUGAGCGGGGAGGUGCAUCCGAGGGACGCGGCGGCGGCGAGGGACUUCGCGGGAUGCAGGGCCGAGGUGUCCCUGCCGGCGACGUCUGCCAACUCAGGGAUGGUGGAGGGCGUGGCGGACAGCGGCUGGCAUGCAACCUUGACCCGCGGACUGCACCAGGCAUGGGAGGCGGGGCUCUUCACCGACCUGGUCAUCACGGCGCAGGACCAGGUCAUCCACGCGCACAAGGUCAUCCUCGCUGCUGCUUCACCCUAUUUCAGAGCCAUGCUGACAGGAUGUCUCGUGGAAGGCCGAACUCACACCCUCGAGUUGAAAGAUGUCCCUGGAUCUCUGCUUAACAUUGUGCUGACGUACGUGUACACAGGUAGAGCCACCCUCACGGAACACAACGUUCAGGAUGUUCUCACCUUGGCUGACUACUUUCAGAUACAUGCUCUGAAGAAACUCUGUUGCUAUCACCUCAAGAACCACCUCGUAACCAGGACCUGCCUCAAUGUACAUGAAGUGGCGACCUUGCACCGUUGUCAUGACUUAGCAGCGGAUGCUCUUUCCCUUGCCAGUUCCCAAUGCUCUGAGGUUCUUCUCCAGCCCUCAUUCCUCACGUUACAGCCUGACACAAUACUCACUCUACUGAAGCAGCCGUACCUCAGUGUGGAGUCUGAAGAGGAGCUAUUGAAGGGUGUCAUACUCUGGGCUUCCAAGGAUCCAGAUGAGAGGCGAAAGUGGCUUCCAGUACUGUGCCAAAAGAUAGAUCUCAGUCUGCUUGAUUCACAGACAAGACUGAAGUACAUUGCCACCUUAGAAGAUAGACAGCUUUUAACAGAUGAUUUGAAGUAUAUCAUAGCCCCUAUAGAUGUAAAUUCAGAUACUGCAGAAGAAGGUUCAGAUGACCAAGAAGAAACAGUGAAAAAGACGAGAUAUAAUUCCCAAGAAGAGGUAUUGCUGGUAAUGGGUGGAGAAUCCAAUGGCCGGUUAUUACGCAACACAGAGUGCUUUGCUGUUGGCUAUUCCUCUUGGCGGUGUAGUAUACCAGAGGUAGCUGGCCGCCAUAACCAACACUAUCACCGACUACAAGUUCUUCCUGUUAUGAGUCAUGCUCGGGUUAUGAGGGUUGUAUAUGUAUUAGGUGGUCAGACGAACAGCCAGUUCCUGGCAUCAUGUGAAAGUUACAGUGUGGUGACUAACAGCUGGCGCCCACUUUGUGACUUGCCUCUCCCCAUCCAUGGUGCGGCGGCUGCCUUCCUUGAUGGUGCUCUCUAUGUUGCCGGUGGCAAGUCCAUGCGGCAGUACGAAGAAAAACUCUGGGUGUAUGAUGUGCAACGUGACACAUGGGUGGCUCGAGGAUCUCUAAGUUCUGGAAGGGGACACAUUGGCAUGGCUGCUCUUCAUGGGUCCCUCUAUGCUGUGGGUGGUAUGAGUUGUGUGGGGGGAAUCAGUCAAGUACUGGCUUCCUGUGAGAAAUUUGACCCAGGUUCAGAUAUGUGGGUGCCCAUAGCUUCCCUCUCUCAAGCCCGAGCCUACCAUGGAGUGGCAGUUAUAAAUGACCACCUUUAUGCCAUAGGAGGAUAUGAUGGAGCACGAUGGCUUAGCUCUGUUGAGCGAUAUGACCCCCUCCGUGAUCAGUGGACGACAGUGUCAUCCAUGAUCAGCCCUCGCAGCAGCUUCGGUGUGACUGUAAGUCGAGGAAGAAUAUAUUGCCUAGGUGGCUUUAGUGGUGAGUCUAAUCUCAAUACUGUGGAGAAGUACAAUCCCCGCACUGACAUGUGGCACUGUGUUCAGUCAAUGCAGUUGCGUCGAUAUGGACUAGUCGCAGCCACAGUGAAUGUUCCUGGAGCAACUCAGCUUUAAUUACGAAAGUGAAGAUCCCACAGUACAGUUAAGCUGUUUUAAUGAGAACUUGACUCGCCAUUAAAACUGCUUAUGUGUAAUGUGAGCUUUAAUUAUAUUAUAAGGCAAAAUGGAAGAAGAAUGUGAGAGGUGUUGUACCUUUGUAUAUGUUACAGUCAAGGUGAUUAGAUGAUAAUAUUAGCCAUAAAAGAGUAAUGAAUGUAUGUAAAACAGUUGUAUGAAAUCAAAUAGCAUGAAGAAAUUCAGUAUUAUGUUUUAAAUGGAAGCCAGGAGAAAGAUUGUAAUGUUCAACCAGAUUUUAAAGAAAAUUGUAAGCACAUUUUGUUUGUGUACAUUCCAUAUAUGUUAGUAAUAGGUUAUCCAACCUGUGAUAUAUAGUAUCAUGAAGCAAAAAAUGUUCAUUAAAAUAUAUCCUUAUUGUUAUUACAUGUGACUCUUGCUUCGCAAAGUACAUAGAAGUACUUACAGCAUAAUCAUACACACACAGCAGUAAUAAGAACUGUGAUGUAACAUGAAUUUUGGCAUGAAAUUAGUUUAAUGGUUCAUCUUCUUUGGGGAUGAAUAUGUACUGAAUCAUUAUAAAAGUUUUAGUAAAAGUUGAAUUAUUCUCCAAACUCAUGGUGUCAUAACACAUGUGGAAAAGAGGUGAUUUUUUAUAUUUUUGCCUUGUAUGUUAGGUACACCAGUUUUCCAGAUAAAUUUUUUCCCUUUUUUUUGUAAGGUAUGAAACUUCAUCCUAAUUAACAUAUACUUGUAAAUGAAGAAAGGUCAUAGAAUCCUAUUAUUAAUUAUUAGAGUUGCUCAUUGUCACUUUUCAAAAAUAUUAAAUUACACUUGUGCUUCUGUUACAUAUUCAUAAUUGUUUCAUUUGCAUAAGGAAGUAUCUGCAGUCACACAGAUAACAAGAAAGAAUUUGUUAUAUUUAACAGUUUUGUAUGAAAGGCCAAGUGAUUUACAACUAGAUAUAUUAAAUGAAUACAUACUUCAUGUAGGGUUAAACUGUACAACAGUUCUGAUAAUACCAUCAGCUCACAGGUCAGGCCAUGCAUGUAGUAUGUAAAGAUUCUGCAUUAUCUAAAGUGUUUGUGCAUUAUUCCAUCAUCAUGCCGAUGCACUUACUGAGCUAUAUGAAUGAAAGUGCAACAAGUUGGUCGAGUCUACAGUACAAGCCCCUCAUGUCCACAACUACUCAGAGCUAAUGCCCAUAUCUUUACUAUAACUGUAUUUAAGAAAGAUGUUGGAGAUUUUGUAACAACAAUGUACUGUAUUUAUUCAUAAAAAUGUUUAAUUGAGGUCUCUCUAGAACCACAAAUUACAAUCCACCAAGUUGGUCAAAACUGAGGAAGGUAUAGUAAUAUAUUCACUAAUCCCUCUUCUUUGUGGAGAGCUAGUCAAGUAGAUUUUGUGGCUUUUGCAAGGUGGUUGAAUCUCUCAUCAUUUAAUUGGAUGUAGGUGACUGUUUGUCUUGACUACAUCCUGUGCAAGAUCUUUUCACUAUCUGUAAAUGUCAAGCAAAUAUUAAGAGUAUGGUAGUAUGUGGUUUAAGUUGAGUAUGUUCAUUUUUUUGCUUCAGGAUGACACAACUUUUUUUGUAGGGGUGUUUGUAACUGUAUGUGUAUGCUUUUAGCUAUACGGUGAAUAAGAAAGUAAUGUCAUAGUUUGAGAGAAAUGCCCAAUUGAAAGCCAAGAAACAUUUUUCUCCUCUUCCUGUACAGAUGGUGGUCUAUACUAUGUGGUUUUUGGGGCCUCAAUGAAUGUGGUAGAUAGGUUCAUUUGUAAACAAACCAGAUGAUAACAGUAAAUUACUUAUGCAGCUAUACCAGGUUCUGAUGAAUAGAAACUUUAGAACUGUUAUUUCUUAGAGAAAAUCACAUAAUUCAUUGCUGCAAAGAAUAUCAACCAAAGUAAUGCCCCUAUUUUGAUAUUUAUUUGUCAGCAUGUUAUUGAUAAAACACCUUUCAAAUUUGCAAAAUGAGAGAUAUGAUGAACUGUAGUAAAAGCCUUAUUCUUUCUCUUGCUUUGAGUUUGGAAAUAGAAGACUAUGAAUAUGUGUGCUUUUUUCAAGAUCCUGAUUUGACUGUUUGUGUAAACCUUAAUUUUUGAUGGUGAAUAUGACAGAAGGUGGAUUUACUUUAGCCUAUUGUAGUAAAGUUAUGGAGAUGCUGUAGAAAUGCACACAUAUGGCACAUUAAGACAGGAAUACAUAUUUAUAUACAUUCAAGAAUUUCAUAUUAAUGAAUCUUUUUAGUAUAACUUGCCUAACUUACUUUUGUUAUUUCUCAGGAAACAAGUUGAGAAAUACAGAAAUACAGUAAACAACAAAAUAUAUGUAAAAGAUCAUUCUAACAUAUGAAACACUUAUCUUACAAAUAUUUAAGAACUAUUGUAUUAUGCCUGGCUAUAUACUGGUAUACCAAUGUUCUUCCUAAUUAUUCUAAUGCAUUUAUCUAAUGUAUGAAGCUGGUUUUGAUAUUUAUAAAAUACCUAAUGUA